AAACUAAUGCCAAAACCCAAUCUGUCAACUUGCCGAUCCUCCCCCUUCUCUCUCCUCCAUUUUUGAAGGAUCCAUUCUCUCUGUAUCUUCUUUUUCUUCUUCGCCUAACAACCAGUUUCUGGGAUUAAUAAUCAAGCUGUAAAUCAUCAAUCAUGGACUCUGAUGAUGGUAGUUUCAAGAAAACUAGUAACCCUUAUGUUACUGAGCAAGAAUUAGAAGAUAACGACAACUUUUCAUCAGAAACCGGCGCUGAGUCUCCUCCUUCUACCACCUUCAACGACACCAAACUCUCCCCUAAAAAAGGUAGGAAAUCCAUACAGCAAAGAGUUGUGUCAGUGUCGAUCAAGGACGUUGAAGGUUCCCGCUAUAAAGGUGAGAGUGCUCCACCGUCCGAUUCUUGGGCUUGGCGAAAGUACGGCCAGAAACCCAUCAAAGGCUCUCCUUAUCCCAGAGGUUAUUACCGGUGUAGUAGCUCCAAAGGAUGUCCGGCGAGGAAACAAGUUGAGAGGAGUCGUUUGGACCCAAAAAUGUUAGUGAUCACCUACUCGUGCGAACACAAUCACCCUUGUCCCGCUUCUAGAAACAACAGCGCCUCAGCUAAACAAGCGGCAGCGGCAGAGACCACGAAAACAGCCGUAAAGCCCGAGCCAUCUUCGUCGCAACAUGAUACGGAACACGAAUCAGGGACCGAACAGAGGUUUGCUCAUUUAACGGACGACUCGAUUCUCACAACUGGGGACGAAUUUGCUUGGUUCGGGGAGAUGGAAACGACGUCGUUAACGGUUUUGGAAAUCCCGCUGUUCACGGAAAGGGACAACUUCGACGCCGACGUGCAGAUGGUUUUCCCGAUGAAGGAAGAGGACGAGUCGUUAUUCGCCGAUCUCGACGAGUUGCCCGAGUGCUCGUUUGUGUUCAGACACCAGCGGAAUGUGGGACCGCAGGUCGGGAUCUGCUGACACGUGGAGUAUUAACAAUUUGUUAUUGGCAGAGGAGUCCUCGGUUUCAACGCCGUGCGGUGCGUAUCAUCUAUAUACGAAA